AUGGACGAAAUUCAGUUCGUAAAAGACAAACACGUAAACUACCUAAACACCUACACCGUCGCAACCAACGCAGAAGAGCUCAUAUUCAACGAAACCCUAAAGAUGUGCGGCGUGUUCUACUACAUCUGCUCAUGUAAAAUUUUAUCGCACCAAAUUGAGAAGAAGGAGGAAUUCAUUAACUUCAUUCUGCAGUGCCAAAAUACCGAUGGGGGCUUUGGGAACAACAAAAAUUACGACUCCCAUGUUGUGUCGACACACCACGCGAUAUUAUCUCUCCUCUUACUUAACCAUCCGUUCGACGGGUUCAACCCGUACCUCCAUUCGCAGGAUAGUCCCCAUGAUACAGAUAACCCACCAAAGAACAUAACAGACAGCACCACGAAUUAUAUCCUAUCCCUGCUCAAUGAUGAUGGCUCCUUUAAGGGGGACAUUUGGGGAGAAGUCGACACACGCUUUGUAUACAGCGCAGUCAGCUGCCUAACCAUCCUAAACCAACUCAGUCUAGUGUCAACAGAAAAAAUUGCAUCAUACGUCUUAACAAAUUAUGCAAUAUGCCAAAAUGGAUUUUCUUGGACUAGUGGAAAUGAACCCCAUGCUGCUAGCGUCUUCUGUGCAGUAGCAACUUUAUUUUUAAUUAAAAAAUUACAUCUCAUUAAUGAACAAAAAAUCGCAGAGUGGCUAAGUUUGAGACAAACAAAUAAUGGGGGGUUCAACGGACGAGCAGAAAAACUAACAGACACCUGCUACUCGUGGUGGAUAUUCUCCUCAUUAAUUCUUCUGGGUAAAUACAAAUGGGUAAAUAAAAAUGCCCUAAAAAAUUAUAUCCUUCUAUGCCAGGAUUUAGAAAAUGGAGGCAUAAGUGACAAUCCGGAUUGCCUCCCUGACAUCUGCCAUACCUUCUUCGGCCUUGCUGCACUCAGCUUGAUAGACAACCUGCACGAAUCAGACGGGGGAUUGGACCUCCGACAAAUGCACCCCGUGUAUGCAAUCCCUCUCCACGUCGUCAGGGAAAGGGGCUUACCUCAUCAAGAUGUGGAAACG